GGACUAGACUCUGCAGCGCAGACCCGAAACCGUACCCUAAUAUUAAUAACACACUGCACCGAUUAACAAGACUAAAUAAAUAAUAAAAAAUAAAUUGGAAGUUGCGAAGAGAAGCAUAACCAUGGCAGAAGACAAACAAAUCGAGAAGAAGAAGGACGACGUCGACGUUCAGUCUCAGAUUCAAACUGCCAUUCGCUCUCGCGCCUCUCACUUCAAACAACAAGCCGAUUCUUUGACAUACGAAGGUGUUCGUAGAUUGCUCGAGAAAGACUUGGCUUUUGAAGAGUUUUCCUUGGAUUCUCAUAAGAGAUUUAUCAAGCAGUGUUUGGAAAAGUGCGUAGAAGAGGCGGGUGAUGAUGUAGAAGAGGCUGGUGAUGAUGAUGCCCCAAAGGUGUCGGGGGAGGAAGGGGAGAAAGGUGAAAGUGCGCAAGAAGAGAUGGAAGGACAAAAGGAGGAACUUCAAUCUAAAGAGGAAAAGGAUGUUCUUGAUGACGACGAGAAAAUGGAGGAUUCUCCUGUAUUAGGUCUGCUUAAAGAACAAAAGAGAGUUAAACAAGAGUCUAAGAAAGAAGAAGGCAAUGGAAAAAAAGUAGUUCCCAACGAGGCUCUAAUUAAGAAAGCUAUUAGAAAAAGAUCUUCAUACCUCAAGGAUAAUGCAGAGAAAAUCACUAUGGGCGGUCUUCGCCGACUGUUGGAGGAAGAUCUUAAACUUGAUGAAUUUUCUCUGGAUCCCUUUAAGAAGUUUAUAAGGCAGCAGCUUGACGAGGUAUUAUCGUCUUCUGAAGUUGUGGAACCUGCAAAAAGUGCUAAGAAAGUUGUUAAGAAGAGACCUGAUUCCAAAGCAACAAAAAAGGCCAGUACUGAAGGGAACUCUGAUAAUUCAGAAGAAAUGAGUGAAAAGGAAGAGGAUGAGGAAGAUGAAGUCAAACCUAGAAGAAAAAGUGUUCCAAAAGGGAAGACACAGACUCCUGUUGGACCCAAAAAGCGUAAAGGAGAUGAGACCAAUCUUCCCAGCAAGAAAAAGGCCAAGCCUGCUAAAUCAGCCUCAGAAGUCAAUAGUGAUGCAGAAGAUGAUGGAAAAAACUCCGAAGAUGAUGGAAAAAACUCCGACGAUGAUCAGUCCCAUUCAUCAGCAGAGAAUACUACCAAGAAGAAACAGGUUGCAGCUCCUGUGUACAGUAAACGCGUGGAGCACUUGAAAUCUGUUAUUAAAGCAUGUGGGAUGAGCGUUCCUCCUGUUAUAUAUAAAAAAGUCAAGCAGGUGCCUGACAACAAACGGGAAGAACAACUGAUUAAAGAGUUGGAGGAAAUACUAUCUAGAGAAGGCUUGUCUUCAAAUCCAUCUGAAAAGGAAAUCAAAGAAGUGAAUAGGAAGAAGGCAAGAGCCAAGGAGCUUGAGGGUAUUGAUACGAGUAAUAUUGUGUCGAGUACACGUAGAAGGGCAACAAUUAGUUUUGCGCCUCCUCCACCCCCAAAGCCCAAGACUCCUGUGGAAUCUAGUGGCAAAGAUACCAAAGUUAGUGAUGACGACAAUGAUGAUGGAGGCAAGGAUAAUGAAGAGGGUGAAGAAGGUGAAGAAGGUGAUGAAGAUGAAGAAGAUGAAGAAGAGGAAGAAGAGGAGGAUAGCAGUGAUGAUGGAAGUGAGAGUGAAGACUUUAAUGUUGAUGAAGAGGACAGUGACUGAACUCGGGCAGAUUCUGCAAUUAUUAGAAGGUGAAUUCUUGACAGUUAAUUAGGAAGUGGUGGUGUAUAAUGUUAUGUAUCUUAGUGUGUUUCUUUAUAUUUUUACCCUGUUCUCCAAAUUUUUGAGUGUCAGAUAGCCAGUUCUUCUUGCUAGUUGCUAGUUGCAGAAACAUUGACUAGUUUCCUCUUGGUCUAUGAAUAGGAAAACUUAAAGACCGAGACACUUGGGUUUAAAGUUUGUAAUUUUUGUCCCCUUUUAAGUUCUAAGUAAACGCUUUUGCAGUGAGAGCGCCUCGUUUCAAUAGUAAGUAGCAGUGUGAUCAACAGUGAUGGAAAACUCCAGCAUCUGUUGAAAUUUAGACACAUUUAACAUGUAUUUAAUUUGCUUAGAACUCUACUGAAUACUAAACUUGUGAUGGAGUUGAUUUAUUAA